CGCCGACUCCGCGCAGGCUGGGACCUUCUCUCCGCGCCAUUUUCAAACUGUCCCAGAGCCGGAGCCGGAGUCUAGGGCUGAAGGAGCCAGCGAGAGAGGCGAGGCCUGAGAGGUGAUGCGGCCGCAGGCGGAGGGAGCGGCAGCCGGAGGUGUGGGGCUUUAAUUUUGGGGAGUGAAUAAAACUACUUUUGGAAGACAAGAUGACUACAGCUGCAGAAAGAAAGUAUAUUAAUAUUAGAAAAAGAUUGGAUCAGUUGGGAUACCGCCAGACUCUGACAGUGGAGUGUUUACCUUUGGUAGAAAAACUUUUCAGUGACCUAGUUCAUACAACAGAAAGUCUUCGGAAAUCAAAAUUAUCUGCUGUGAAAGCUGAAAAAGAAAGUGCCAAUUUUGAUUUUGUUUUGGAACCUUAUAAACUUGAAAAUGCAAGAUUGAUAAAGGAAAAUAAUGAAUUAUACCUGGAAUUAAUGAAACUGAGAGAACAAUCAAGCCAACAUAUUAAAGAGUUGAAAACUACAUUGAAGAAGUGUGCACGUGAAACAGCUGAUCUGAAGUUUCUAAAUAACCAAUAUGUUCAUAAACUCAAACUUUUGGAAAAAGAGAGUAAAGCUAAGAAUGAAAGAAUUCAACAACUUCAAGAAAAGAAUUUGAAUGCUGUAGUACAAACUCCAGGUGGCAAGAAAAGAAGUAUUGCUUUCAGGCGCCAGCGUAUGCAGAUAGACGAACCAGUCCCUCCCUCUGAAGUCAGUUCAUAUCCAGUUCCUCAGCCAGAUGACCCUUACAUUGCAGACCUCCUGCAAGUGGCUGAUAACAGAAUUCAAGAACUUCAAGAGGAAGUCCACCAGUUACAAGAAAAGUUAGCAAUGAUGGAAAGUGAACUGCGAGAUUAUAACCAGCAGAUUGAGCUAAGAGAACGAGAGAUAGAACGACUAUCAGUUGCAUUGGACAGUGGCCGUUCCCCUGAUGUCCUCUCUCUGGAGACUAGAAACAAAACCAAUGAAAAGCUUAUUGCUCAUUUAAAUGUUCAGGUUGACUUUCUUCAGCAAGCUAAUAAAGACCUGGAGAAGCAUAUACAGGAGCUUAUGGAAACCAAGGAAACCGUAACUACUGAAGUUGUUAAUUUAAGUAACAAAAAUGAAAAACUCUGCCAAGAAUUAACCGAAAUAGACCAGUUAGCACAGCAGUUGGAAAGACAUAAAGAAGAAGUGCUUGAGACUGCUGAUAAAGAACUUGGGGAAGCAAAGAAAGAGAUUAAAAGAAAGCUUUCUGAAAUGCGGGAUCUUGAAGAAACAAUGGCAAAACUUCAACUGGAAUUAAACUUAUGCCAUAAAGAAAAGGAGAGACUGAGUGAUGAACUCCUUAUAAAAUCAGACCUGGAAACUGUUGUUCAUCAGCUUGAACAAGAAAAGCAAAGACUUAACAAAAAAAUGGAAAGUUUUGCAGUUACAGAAAGAGAACUUACUCUGGAAGUUGAAAGGAUGAGGCUAGAACACGGAAUAAAACGUCGAGACAAGUCACCCUCUCGUUUAGAUACGUUUCUGAAAGGUAUAGAAGAAGAACGAGAUUUUUAUAAGAAAGAGCUGGAAAGACUCCAACAUAUAAUACAGCGAAGAUCUUGUUCUACAAAUUAUUCUACACGUGAAAAAAUUCCAAUAUUUAAAACACUAGAAAAGGGUGAUUACAACUCAGAAGUUCAUCUGAUCACAAGAGAAAGAGAUGAACUUCAGCGUAUGCUGGAAAGAUUUGAAAGACAUAUGGAGGAUAUACAGUCCAAUGUUAAAUUGUUGACAGCAGAAAGAGAUAAACUAAGUGUCUUAUAUAAUGAAGCUCAGGAACAGUUACGUGCCCUAAGACAAGAAUCCACCCAAACCACAGCCUCCCAUAAUAUUAUUAGUCUUAUGGAAAAAGAAAAAGAACUUGCAUUAUCUGACUUAAGAAGGAUUAUGGCAGAAAAAGACGCUUUAAAAGAAAAGUUAAAAAAUCUCCAGGAAAUGAGUAUUUUUGAAAAAUCAAAAUUAGAGAAAACUAUCGAACAUUUGACACGUGUUAAUCAUCAGCAUGAAGAUGAAAAGUGUGAAUUAAAGUCUAAAAUGUUAAUAAUGAAAGAAACAGUAGAGUCAUUAGAGAACAAAGCAAAACUCCAAGCUCAAAAACUUAGCCAUGUGGCUGGUGACUCAUCUCAUCACAAAACAGAGAUGAACUCACUUAGGUUAGUAAAUGAGCAGCUACAGCAGUCACUUGAUGAUUGUCAGCAUCGGCUUUCCAAAAAAAGAGGUGAACUUGAAUCAGCCCAAUCACAAAUUAAGUUACUAGAGGAAAAAAUAGGUAAACUACACCUUCAGAUGACUUCACAGAGUGAAGAGGCUCAUGUAAUGAAAAAGACCAUUGGUGCUAUUGAUAAAGAAAAAGACUUUCUUCAGGAGACUGUAGAUGAGAAGACCGAAAAGAUUGCAAACUUGCAAGAAAACCUGGCUAAUAAAGAAAAAGCUAUUGCUCAGAUGAAGAUAACAGUCUCAGAGUAUGACUCUUCUAUGAACCAGCUAAAGGAAACGUUGACUAGUCGGGACCGAGAAAUAAGCAGCCUCCGGCGCCAGCUUGAUACAGCUCACAAAGAACUUGAUGAAGUAGGAAGAUCUAAAGAAGUGUCUUUUAAGGAAAACAGAAGAUUACAAGAUGAUCUGGCUACAAUGGCAAGAGAAAACCAGGAAAUCUCAUUGGAAUUGGAAGCAGCAGUGCAAGAAAAAGAAGAAAUGAAGAGUAGAGUUCAUAAUUACAUAACUGAGGUGUCACGAUGGGAGAGCUUAAUGGCUGCUAAGGAAAAAGAAAAUCAAGAUUUGUUAGAUAGAUUUCAGAUGCUUCAUAACCGUGCUGAAGACUGGGAGGUCAAAGCCCAUCAAGCUGAGGGAGAAAGCAGCUCAGUUCGACUGGAACUUCUUUCUAUUGACACAGAGAGGAGACACCUUCGAGAAAGGGUAGAGCUACUAGAAAAAGAAAUUCAGGAGCACAUAAAUGCACAUCAUGCUUAUGAGUCUCAGAUCUCAUCAAUGGCAAAAGCCAUGUCUAGAUUAGAAGAAGAGCUGAGACACCAAGAAGAUGCAAAAGCAGCAGCGUUGAAUGAUUUGUCGUCUCUUAGAGAACUUUGCAUUAAGCUGGAUUCAGGCAAAGAUCUUAUGACCCAACAACUGAAUUCCAAAAACCUGGAGUUUGAGAGGGUUGUGGUGGAAUUAGAAAAUGUAAAAUCAGAAGCAGACCUGUUCAAAAAACAACUGGCAAGUGAGAGACAUACAAUUAAAAGCCUUGAAUCAUUGCUGGCUACAAAUAGAGAUAAAGAAUUUCAUUCUCAUUUAACCUCCCACGAGAAGGAUACAGAAAUUCAGCUACUUAAAGAGAAGUUAACCCUUUCAGAAAGCAAAUUAACUAGUCUAGGCCGGGAAAACACCAUGCUUCGGGCUAAAGUGACACAGUUACAAACCGAUCAUGAUGCUAUGAAAAGGCAGAUUUCAACUGAAAGAUAUGAACGAGAAAGAGCAAUCCAAGAGAUGCGUCGACAUGGUCUUCCCACACCACCCCUUAGUUCAACUCUGAGGUCUCCUUUACAUUCUCCUGAACAUAUAAGCUGUUAAUUAUCAUAAAGUAAUCACUAUGCCCAAUAUGGGGCUUGAAACCAGGACCCCAAGAUCAAGAAUCACAUGCUCCACUAAAUGGAUCCAGCCACGUGCUCCUCAAAAAUGCCAUUUUAAAAUAGUUAUCAGGUGCCUGGGUGGCUCAGUCGGUUGAGCGUCCAACUUUGGCUCAGGUCAUGAUCUCACAGUUCAUGGGUUCGAGCCCUGCAUGGGACUCUGGGCUGACAGCUCAGAGCCUGGAGCCUGCUUGAGAUUCUGUGUCUCCUCUCUCUCUGCCUUUCCCCAGCUUGUGCUGUCUCUCUCUGUCUCAAAAAUAAACAUUAAAAAUUGUUUUUAUUUAAAUAAAAUAGUUAUCAGUUCAUCACAUGUUUCCAUUGUGGAAUUUUUCAUAUUUGUGUGUGUGUGUGUGUGUGUGUGUGUGUGUGUUUUAAUUGGGGUGGUGAUUAGAUAGCACAUAAGGUAAAAAAUAUUUGACUAUCCAUAAUAUGCUGUUUUAAGACUCACACAAUUUACAGUACUUGUACAUUAACCUAGACAUUAUAUUAUUCCUCACUUUGAGUGAUUUUUCUCAGUUAACAUCCUGUGUUACCCCUUUCUUUUCACUCUGUAUCAUUCAUUUAGUCCUUAUAUACUUUGAUGUGUUUGGGUGGUCUGAGGGGAAUAUAUUUUGAAGUAUAGAGCUGUUAACUAUAACUUGAUUAUGGGCAAAGGUUUUAUUAGAGAUUAUAAUUUUGGUUAAAACUGAAAACAGUCUCUUAGUUUUUUGUGAAUUUACCAAGUAAUUUUUGUUUAUCGUUUUUCUCUUAACUCGCCUUUCCUGUCCCCCCUUUUUCAGAAUGGUGGCUUUCAAUGAGUUACCUCUGUGGAUUUUUUAAAGGACAGAACAGUAAUGAAAUAUUUGAAGUACUUGUUCUUGAAAAUCAUGAACAUUGACACAAAUUCUACCUCUGUCAACUUUUAUUUAAAUCAGUGAAUAUUUAUAUAAAAAUUUUGGUUUAAAAGAGCCAUAUCUAUGGUAUAUUUUUAUAUAUAUGACAGAACAAAAUAUGUAUUAAUAGUGCUAACUAAUGUUAUAUCUAUAUUUAUAUUAUUCCUCACUUAAAUUGCUCCUCAAAGUGUGUGUUUAUACUGUGAAUUAAUAUAAUGUAUUGUUCACAUUAUGCUUUAAUAAUCUUUUUCAUAAUGAGCCAUGAUAUGUGUAUAUAAAUAUUCUUACAAUACUUAUUUUCAAAGUGUUUUCAGUUUUCAUGCCUGUGUUUAUAACCCAUAUCUUUAAUACAUUCAUAUAGGAUUAUCAAUCUUGAUGCUGUGCUGUCACGCUUUGUUCUUCUAAAUGUAAAAUUAAUUGUUCACCAAUUUGCUAUCUAUCAUCAAGGGUAAUAUAUUCAGGUCUAUUUUCACAAUAGCAGAGGUCUUGAUAAAAUAAUGAUUACCGUAUAUCAUUUGUUAUUGUCAACUUGAAGAACUGUGAUGGGAAAGAUACAUUUAUAUAUUAUAUGCAAUAUUUUAUUAUUUUGGUUAUCACAUGGACUCUUCACUUAAUACAAAUUCUAUCAAAAUCAAACUAAAAGCCACAUUCAGAAUUUUGUAAAACAAUAGAACAGAAAUUUGGGACACUUUUUCAGUAAAUAAAAUUCCUCCCUGUAUUAAGAAAAAAAUUCAGACUAUAAAAGUAUAUGGGGUAAAUAUAGUAAAAGAUUUUGUUAAAAUGCCAGUAUACAUUCAAUAAUACCAGUUUUUGCUUCUAAAUUUGUAUGUUGUAAUUUAUUAGUCUUACAGAAUAGUAUGUAAACACUGAACUGUGGCAUGUUAAAUAGAAAACAACUUUUUACAAUUAAUUUUCAAGGUUGUAGUUUUAAGGAAUUUAGAUAUAUCUAAAUAUGUAUAUAUACACACAUUAAUAAAAGAACAGAAGUACAAAAUAGAAUGUCACAUUCAAAAACUAAUCGUGUUUGAACCAUACACAUUUGGAGAAAAUCCUUUUCUUGGUAGGUUUCAUUAUGAUUGAAAAAGAAGAACUUAAGAACGAACAUAAGAAAGUGGAAGACCAGUUGGUUAUAAUACAGUUUGUUUCCUCUUGUGGUUUUAAUACAAUGGAAUUUGUGUAUGUGUGUUUGUGUGUACGUGGGGGGGGGGGGCAUUGCUCUUUUCUAAAACUAAUAUGCCUUAUAUGUCUGGGAUAUGGUAUAUGCCAUUUGCAAUAAUUCACUGUGUAUUUGGGUGUGAUGUGGUUUAUUUUUCUACCAUAUUUGUAAUUUUAUGUAUUCCAUCUCCUUUGUGUGAAUUCAUAUAUUAUAGCAAAAUACAAGAGAAAUGGGACUAAUUUGCAAUGUCAUAUGCAAAAUCUUUUAAUAAAUAUAUGUAAAUAAAAUAAAAAAUAUUUGUUCCCACCUUUUCCCCCAAAGCAAUAAUAGCAAGGCCUAUUUUAUUAGAUAUUUUAUUUUUAAUGUUUUUCAUAAUUUAAAAAUGUGUAGCUUGCCAUAAUUAUUUUCUUAACCAUGUUACUACAAUUUUCCUAAAUUAGUUUUAUCUUAAAAUACUGAAUGUUCUCACCAUUUGUAGAUGUUUUUAAUUUGUUUUAAAAAAUUUUAAAUUAUGCUUGACAUAGAUUUUCCAUUAAACUUUCCAGUCAAUUUA